GUGCAGAGUAGUAUUCAGUGCGUCGUCGUGCGAAAAGUAGUCGAGCUUGGCGACGUCGCCUUUUGCGUUGGCACGGAGAUUCGGUUCGUGCAUGUUUUUGGUUGCAGUCCGGAACCCGAAAAAAAACCCGCGUAGAGUAUUCGUCUCUGUGUUUGUUGCAAUUCGCUAGGAUAAAAACGAAAGUGAUGAAGUGUGAUUCUGUGCGCGAACAUAUAGGGCGUAGCCACGCAUUGUGCAAAAUCGGCUGAAAACGAAUGACGACAAGGCGGUGCGUGACAGUCUGAAUCUGCCAUUGGAAAGGAUAUCUUGUUGUCUUUUUCGCACCUAGUGGCAUUUUGCGUACUCGCGGGGUUCGCUGCAUCAUCGUCAUCCUUUCUUUUUCUCUUUCUCUUUCUCCUACCAUUUCCUCUAGCUCCUUGUUCUGUAUACUAUUCAAUCGUAGUCUAUCAUACGCGCUACACAGACAAAAUUGAAGACGUCCACGCAUGGUGCAGUCCCAAUCGCAACACAGUUCUGAAUUCAAGUACGAGGUGGACGAUCAACAUGAACAGCAGAUGACUGUUAGCCGAGCUGAUGCUCGUUCAACUUUAAUAUGAGUGAAGUAGUGGCUGUAACACCUAGUGGUGGAUCGACACGCCAGGAAAGCGUGGCACACAUCAAAAGACAUAAAUUAGCCAACUGUAAUGUUCCUCUCGUGCACGGACGAUCAAAUCCGUCGAUCAACACCCGUAAUAGGCUGACCACGCAUCAACGAAAUCACAGUUUGGACUUUAGGUCAAUGGGUAUUUUAUUGCCGCCGGUACCACAGGCGAACACGACCACGCUGACGCAUCAUCAUAGAAAUCGAAGUCUUGACUCCGCGCUGCAGCGUAUCCCGGAAGUGGACGUGACACCGAGUCCAGAAUGCGAGACAACGCCGGCCCCCGUAACUAAAGCGGCCGCGGUACCGGUGUGCAAAGCGCGCAGCCGGGAACGCGAGGAUUUAGCCAGCCUCGGAUCCGACGAUUCGGGUAUACUUUGCGGUUCCGAUAGCGGUUCCAGCGACGCAACGAACGCUGCCACCAGAGAAUCGAGCGUCGACCACCUGCAUAGUCGUGAGAGCCUCGAUUCCUCGUUAUCCCAGCCAGGUGACAUGGAUAGCGUGGAUGCAGUGGAUGCGAUGGACGGCGAAGAAAGUAGUACUCCAGUCUCAGUCUCAGUGUCGGUGUCGGUGCCAGUGUCACCUGUGGAACUGGUGCACUUGAGUGAACCUUCUUCGAAAAAGGGUGGUGAUUGUAGUAGUAGUGGUAGUGAGCCGCAUAAACACGAGAAUACGAGCAGUGGUGAUCAUGGUUCGCAGGAACCGCGCUCCAAUAACGUCUGUACGGUCAAAGAACUCGAGGGUCAUGAAUACGCGCACGACGAACAACGACGCACCACCGAUAUGGGUGUGACGGUUGACACGCGAGACUUCCAAAAUUCCAUGGAAGUCUCGCCAGUGAACGAUAAACAGAGUGAACUGGCCGGCGCAGCUAUGACUUUGUGUUGCGGGACCGCUGUGCAAUCCGAAACUAGCGAGGCAGCUGUGAAAAAGCAGACUGGUGUCGUUUGCCGGAGGCAAGAGACGGUACAACCGAAACCAUCCGAAGGUUGUUUGCUCAGAUUAUUCGAAAGCCAGAUUUUCGACAUGUCCAUGGCGAUCUCUUAUCUUUUCAAUUCUAAAGAACCUGGCGUUCAGAGUUACCUUGGUAACAAGAUGUUCAGUUUCCCAGAUAAUGAUGUGGACUUCUACUUGCCACAGUUAGUUGUGAUGUAUAUACAACUUCAUGAUGUUACAGAAGUUCUUUAUCCAUAUCUUGUCCAUAGGUGUAGACAGUCGGCUGAUUUUUCGUUAAAAUGUGCCUGGCUAUUAGAUGCAUACAGUUCUGAUGCUCAUUUGCCAUCCAAAAAGAAAUCUCAUGGGACCAAAUUAAAAAAUCUUAUUCUCUCAGAUGAACUCAGGCCAAAAGGAAAUGAGAAUAAAAAACGUGUAACUGGAUUACAAGCUCCCGCACCGCCACCACUGACUCCGAUGCAAAGCAUUACAUCACCUAAUAAAAAGACACACCAAAGAUCUCAAUCUGAUGCCACUGGAUUAUUUCAAACUUUACGUCGUAGCCAUUCCGGUACAAUAAAUAAAGUAAGUCUUGGGGACCUGAGCUCUGGUCGAGCAUUUGAUAAUGGUUGUACCUGUUUUUAUUCCUGCCAAGGUGUGGUAAAUGAUUUACGAGGACAAAAGACCGACUGUUUUUGCAAUGCGCCACGUCUUGCUCCAGAACUUGAAUUUAUACAAGCAUUAAUAUCUAUUGGUAAAUUACUUGGAACUAUUCCAACAAAGGAAAGUAAAACCGUUCAAUUAAUAGCAGAGCUUAAUACUCUCAAUUUGAACCUUCCUGCAAGGGUGUGGCUUCCUUUGCACAGUUCAAUACCGCAUCAUAUCGUACGAGUGCCACCACAAUACGCUGCUGUCCUUAAUAGCAAGGAUAAGGCACCAUACAUAAUUUAUGUUGAAGUGUUAGAAGUAGAAGAUAUUUAUACAUCACCUGUACCGACAAAAAUAGUGGGAUGUUCAUUGAGGCAUACUAAAUCUGAAGAAAAUUUGACUGGAGGCGAACAGUCUAAUGUAAUGGGUUCAUCAAACAUAUCCACUUCAGAAACGCAACAAAACAUGCCACCAAUUAGACAAACUCCGGUUAAAAAUAUUUCUCCAUAUUCGGUUAGAAGUACGGAAGUUGCAUUUAAUUUUCCUGAUGAUGAUCCUAACGAUUGUUGGAGUCAAGAAGAUGAUGAAAUCACACAACAGUAUUUACAACUUCGAAAACCAAAAGAUAGAGAUACAAUAUCUCAGUUAAGUCAAGAAUCAUCUGAUAGUAAAGAACCAAUAUUUGUACCUGGUGAUAUAAAGAGGCGGUUAAGUGAAAUGGCUGCUACGCCUAGUGCAACGUUUAAUCAUGAUCCGGAAGAUCCAUCGGCGGCUGUUUUGAAAGAACCAUGGGAACUAAAACAACGUCGCAUAAGAUCUUCCAGUCCAUAUGGCCAUUUGGCAUCUUGGAGGCUCCUUGCUGUUAUCGUAAAAUGUGGCGAUGAUCUUCGGCAAGAACUUCUUGCUUCACAGUUACUCUCAAUGUUACAAAAAAUUUGGCAAGAUGAGCAGGUGCCUCUCUGGGUGCGGCCAUACAAAAUUUUGUGCUUAUCAAAUGAUAGUGGCUUAAUCGAGCCAAUUUUAAAUACUGUAUCACUUCACCAGGUGAAAAAGCAGUGCCAAUUAACGCUUAAUCAAUAUUUUGAACGAGAAUUUGGUCCAUCUACGUCAGAUACAUUUAUUAUCGCGCAAAGAAACUUUAUUCAAAGUUGUGCGGCGUAUUGUCUUGUCUGUUAUCUCAUUCAGGUUAAAGAUCGUCAUAACGGAAAUAUUUUACUUCAUAGUGAUGGACACUUAAUACAUAUAGAUUUUGGAUUUAUUCUUUCGACUUCGCCAAGAAACUUAGGAUUUGAGACUAGUCCGUUCAAAUUAACUCCAGAAUUUGUGGAAGUGAUGGGCGGAAGCCAAUCUAAACAAUUUCAAGAAUUCAAAACUUUAAUUCUACAAGGAUUAAUUGCAGCACGGAAGCAUAUGGAAAAAAUUGUAAAUCUAGUGGAAAUAAUGUUAUCAGGAUCGCAACUCCCAUGUUUCCGUAGUGGUGGAGCAGCAACGGUUCAAGGACUGAAAAACAGAUUCCAUCUUACAUUAACGGAAGAUCAAUUACGUCGGCAUGUGGAGGAUUUAGUCGAAGCCAGUAUCCAUUCGUGGUCUACUAAAUUAUAUGAUCGAUAUCAAUAUUUCGCAAAUGGCACCCUUUAAUAAUAAUAUUGAAUUCUAUGGCAAGCAUAAUGAUUUUUACAAGAAUGCGAAAAAAACUUAAGUUAGUACUUCUUAUGUGGUACUUCUUCCAGAAAUGUUUAAACUUUAUAGCAUUCCUUAUGCACAAAUUAUCUUUGAAGUUAAUUGUUCGAUUACAUACAAGUAUGAUCGAUAAAUGGGAAAUGCUAUUUAAAAAAAAAAUAGAUUUAUUCCAAAUAUAUGUAGAAUAAGCUAAUUUCAGUAGAUUAAUUUUACUUGCUCUUGAAUUAUUCCUUAGUUUCUUAAAAGAUACUAUAAUAAUUACCUUUUAUAGAAAUUUGUACAAAUAUCGCGUUUAUUAAUAAUUAAGAAUAAUUUGUGAAAAAAUAUUGUUUACAAAAAUUUUAUGCAUUAUACCUGUAAAAAAGAAUAGCAAAUGAAACAGGGAAUAAUUUAUGAAAUUUUAAUUGUUAUGUUAAGUAAUAUUAGAUAUGUAUAAUUGGUUUUGUUAUAUACAUUAAAAUGACUAUGUAUGCCUUAUUGGCAACUACAAGUUAACUAUCGUCGGUGCAGAUUUUGUAACGUUGACUGAAUGUUGGACUGCUAGAUCGUUAUAGCCUAUAACAGCGUAAUUUGUUAAAGGUGCCUUAUUUGUAGAAAAUGGCGGGACGAUCAAAUCCGAACACAGUGAAGUGACUACGUGCGUUGAUCUACUGACAAAACUGAUCUAUUAUAAAAAGGACAAUCUAUAGUUUGUACAUAAAUACAUUGCGUGAAAUUUUGUCGAAUUCCUUUCGUAGUUAAUUUUCGGCAAUAAGUAAUCCCACCACGAUGAUGAAUUAUAGGAUGUUUAAGAUUCUUGCGGAGUCGUCGAGUGAAAGAAGCAUGUACACAAGCUCAGAUAUUAGCAGGAGACGAAUACUCAAAAUAUUUCCUACUUCAUAGAUUACUACUACUAUAAAUACAUUUAUUUGUAAUGAUAUGCUAAGGAUAACUAUAUAGUAAAAGUUAAGGAUCACAUUUGAAAGUUUUUACAUGUUCUUAUUACACACAUACGUUAAUAGUGAUAAUGCGAAAUAUCUUAGUUGUGUGAAGAUAGUUAUUUAAUAGUAUUUCUGCGUUGCAUAUGUUCGUUUAAGUAAGUAAAUUAUAAAGUAAAGAGGUAUUGUACAUAAAGUGACAAAUUUUAUCACUUAUCAGUUAAGAUUAAUUGAGAAUGAAUGUUCGAAGUAAAAUCAAAGUCAUAGCGAGCCAGCCCAUGUAUAAAACCUGGGCCCUCUGACUUCCAAGUGUCUUAACUCUCUUUUUUCUGUCGUAACCGUCUCAUGAUAGAAAGGUGGAUCAGAGAUUAAGAAUAAUUGAUAUUGCAUAAUGCUCAAUACAUUGCAUUUUAAUAUUGUACAUUUACGUAAUAUCCAUGCGCUAAUUUUUGUUGAAUAUUUAGUGCAAUUCUGUUGUUUACUAUAAGCAAUUGUAAAUGUUAUCAAGUUUUUUCAUUGAUUUCAUACAAUAAAUUCUACAUUUUCUGUACAA